UUCGAGUAGCGCAAUUUGCAUCCUCUUCGGUUCUUCUACAGGAGCGCAUCGGUUUGGACCCAAUACACCUCCCACCCUCUCUCACGUACUGACUUUGAACGGGCUCCUCCCAUACGGGGUAAAUGCCGCUCAGUUAUUCAAUUUAAUGCAGUCAUGAUAGAGGAACUGUAGAGUUGAUCAACUUUAUUGUAGUAAAUAUUUCCAAAUAUUGUAAUCUGUUCAUUCCCGGAGCCACAGUUAAGAAGACAAUGAAGACAAUACUUGCUGCCUACCCCGGUGUCCUAAAAGGCACCGGCUGCAGCAUCCUCUCCGCCCUGCAGGACCUACCCUCCGCUCCUUGGCCUGCACUCCGAUCCAAGAUGGAGAAACACCUUCAGGUCAUCUCAGUUCUGCAGUGGGUCAUCAGCUUCCUCGCCAUGGGAGCCGCUGGCACUGUGCUCUUAAUCUACAUGUUCUGCACAGACCUCUGGGUGAUCGCUGCCAUGUACACUGCCUGGCUCAUCUUCGACUGGAACACCCCCAAACAAGGGAGCUGUGCUGGGAAAUUGGGUAAUUGUCACCCAGGUGGCAGGAGGUCGUCUUGGGUGAGGAACUGGACCAUGUGGACUUAUUUCAGAGACUACUUCCCCAUCAGGCUCAUCAAGACACACAACCUGCUGCCAAGCCGAAACUACAUCUUUGGCUACCACCCCCAUGGGAUCUUCUCUUUUGGAGCCUUCUGUAACUUCGGAACAGAGGCCACCGGCUUCUCUAAGAAGUUCCCGGGCAUCAAGCCUUCCCUGGCCACCCUGGCUGGAAACUUCCGGAUGCCAGUCUUUAGAGACUAUCUCAUGUCUGGAGGUAUCUGCCCAGUGAACCGUAACUCCAUUGACUACCUCCUCUCUCAGAAUGGAACUGGCAAUGCAGUGGUCAUUGUUGUCGGGGGAGCAGCUGAAUCUUUGAACUGUGCUCCAGGAAAGAAUUCUGUCACCCUGAAUAACCGCAAGGGCUUUGUGAGGUUGGCCCUCCAGCAAGGGUCUGACCUGGUACCAGUCUACUCCUUUGGGGAGAACGAUGUGUACAAACAGGUGAUCUUCGAGGAGAGAACCUGGUGGCGGCUGGCUCAAAAGCGACUGCAGAAGAUUAUUGGUUUUGCUCCCUGUCUGUUCCAUGGCUGUGGCUUCUUCUCCUCUGACUCCUGGGGAAUGGUGCCUUACAACAAACCCAUCACCACCAUCGUGGGUGAACCGAUCACAGUGCCAAAGAUUGAGCAGCCUCCUCGGGAUAUGGUGGAUCUGUACCAUGCCAUGUACAUCAAUUCCCUCACGAGCCUCUUUGACAAGUAUAAGACCCGUUUCGGCCUGAAGGAGAGUGACAUCCUGCACAUCCAUUGAGAAAGGGUCAGCUGUGGCAGCUGUCUGUUCAGCCCUGCCCCUCAUUCACGUGCCUGGCUCUGAUUGAUUGUCUCUGGAAUUCAAUCGAUAUACAUUAAGCUGUGUGUAUAUAAACCCACCGCGCUCUCAGCAACACUCACGUCGGUCCUCCACUCAGGAUGGAAAUGCCAGGUCACCUUACUAUUCUCUCUGACCUAGUCACUGUCAAUGGCAAAGUUGACUAACUUCCAUUUAUUUAAUAUUUUAUUGAGUGUAUGACACAUCUAUAUAUUUCUGUUCCAUGACAGAAAAGAUGAGGGAGUAUAGUUAAGGUAUGCUCCCUUGCUUUAAUGUGCAGUGGAACUCCCACUAGGUGGCACUAGAAGGUUACACAAGACACACACAAGCACCAUCUUUGUUUCCUCCAUGCAUCCAUUACAUUUACAUUUAAGUCAUUUAGCAGACGCUCUUAUCCAGAGCGACUUACAAAUUGGAAUGUAAUUUUCACUUAGAAUAGGCCUGUACAAAGAAUGUGUUAAGUACCAUAAAAGGUAAAUAUAGGAUGAUGUUUUGAGACCUAACAUUUUUUGUUGUUGCUAAAUGCACAAACAAUGCAAUUGUAAUGGUGUUGCCUUAGUGAGAUGUUGAUAGUGUGGUUUAUUGAGCCAAAGAGCCGAUGGGUGUCCCCUCCCCACACAUGCACACUUUAUUGAAACUUCAAAGUGAAGGAAUUCUAUUGAAUGGAUUUAGAUUGUGCAUAUUGGUAAUGCAAUCUGAUUGUGUGAUGCACUAAGUAUUAAUUGUAUUUUGUAAAUAAGAACAUUUUCAAUGAAAUUUUAUAUAUUGAUGCACUUUUUGUAUUUGUGACAAUCCUCUGAGGUAUUUCUCUAAAACAUGCCUUUGAAAGAGUCCUAUGUCAAAUCUGCCAAUUUCUAAGAGAAUCACUUUGGUGCUUUUGUCAUUUAACCUUGAGCUGUGUUUUAGUUUUGUUGUACAUUUCUCCACAUGAGUGUGUUGACUGGGUUGCAGAGUGUUACCUAGUGCAUUGAGGCCCCAUGUACUGUAGUGAUGGUGAUGUAAGAACAAUUUCAGGGUGAAGAGCAUUUCUUCCUCUACACAGAGUACUGAUGAAUGAAAUUAAGAGAUUGCAAAGCAUAUGCCUUAUUUAAAAAAAACUACAACUCAAACUUCUUAGGGGGCUUCCACUCAAUUGAGUAAAAUGGCAAAGGGGUUGCUAUCACAGAUUUGAAUUGGAGUAUAAAAGUCACAAACUCCCCUAGUAAUUACCGAGAAGUGUUUGAGAUAAAUCAUUUUUUCAUAUUGGGCAUAUCAAGUCCAUUAUCCAGCCAAUGAUCCUAGGUGCAGAAAUGUAUGUAUGUAUGUUGUAUAUUAUGCAAGAUAAAAAGACUACAAGAUUUCACCUCAUGACAAAAUAAUUGAGAUGUGAUAAAUAGUGUGUCAUUCAAAAUGUAAUUUCUUCUAGCUUCAUCUGUGACUUUUUGCAAAGAGCAGUGAACAUCCCGCUCUCCUAAUUCAUGUGCAAUAAAUAAAGCAAUAAAUAGCA